AUGGCUUUAGAUCUCUCUUGCUCCCGUAACAUAAAAGAACUUCCACAUGGAACAGAACAGUUAGGCAACCUGAGAAGGCUGAAUAUUUCCAACACCAUGAUUCAAAUCCUGCCAUCUGGUUUGCUGUCAACACUAACUCUUCUGGAAGAGUUAUUGGCAUCUAAUGCUCUAGUCUUUCAAAUACCACUGCCACCAACCAGCCCUGAAAUCAGUAUUGAUGAAAUCAUAUCCUCCUCAACUUUAUCUUCUCUUGAAGUGGAUUUCUGGUAUUUUGACCUCUAUGAUCUAUAUACUAGAUCUGGUCACUGGGUUCAGCUGGACAAGUUCAAGUUUAAUGUUGGACCCGGAGAGCUGCAAGAAGUUUCAGAGAAAAGGAGUGUGGCAUUUCUUGGGAUUUCCCUUGCAAAAAGAGGAGUUCUAAUCCCAGCAAAUACUACUGAGUUGAAGUUUAUUGAUUGUUCUGAUGUUACAGAGCUAACAACUUGCCUGUUGCAUGUAGAGAAGCUUAGAAAAUGUACAGUAGUUUGCUGUUACAGUGUAGAAAACAUUGUUGACCCGGGGAAGAAUGAUUUAUCUACUCUGGAGACAUUGGUGCUGAGAUUUUUGAUAAAUUUGCAGACGAUAUGCAGUGAAGUAGUGACACCAUCUACACUUAUGAGCCUAAAGAUCAUCAAUGUUGAGUGCUGUCCAAAUUUGAAGAAUCUAUUAUCAGGGACCCUCUUGCUCCAACUAGUAAAUCUUGAAGAAAUUAGAGUCAGUCACUGUAACAGUAUGCAGGACUUGAUGUGUUGGGAAGGAGGAGACAAUAUUCAUUUAGCUAAAAUUCUCUUGCCAAAGUUACAAAAGUUGAGGUUGGAAUUUAUGCCUAAAUUAAAGAAUAUAUAUAGUGGGUUCAUCAGUUUAGGUUCUCUUUGUUGUGUUCAUGUGAUUUCUUGUGAUGCACUCAGGAGGUUACCUUUUGAUCUGGAUGAUGCAGUAGGCUGCUUUAACCAGCAACUAUUGGUACCACCUGCUUUGGAAAUUAGAGGAACAAAAUAUUGGUGGGAUUCACUUGAGUGGGAUGAACCUGCUGCCAAGCAAAUAAUGCAAACUUAUUUCUUAGAGGUGCCAAUGGUGUCAGAUCAAGUUGGUAGUUCUUCCAAUGAUUAUUUUGGCCGCCACGUACACUCGUUAUAA